AUGGUCCGCACCUCCGUUCUCCACGAUGCUCUCAAGAGCAUGAACAACGCCGAGAAGGCCGGCAAGCGCCAGGUCCUCAUCCGCCCUAGCUCCAAGGUCAUCGUCAAGUUCCUCCAGGUCAUGCAGCGCCACGGCUACAUCGGCGAGUUCGAGGAGGUCGACGACCACCGCUCCGGCAAGAUUGUCGUCCAGCUGAACGGCCGCCUCAACAAGUGCGGUGUCAUCUCCCCCCGCUACAACGUCCGCCUCGCCGACCUCGAGAAGUGGGUUGUCAAGCUGCUCCCUGCCCGUCAGUUCGGCUACGUCAUCCUCACCACCUCCGCUGGUAUCAUGGACCACGAGGAGGCCCGUCGCAAGCACGUUGCCGGCAAGGUCAUCGGCUUCUUCUACUAA